AUGAGACCCCGCAUUUUCUUACUUUGGGUUUCUUCGUCCUUGAUCUUCACAACAACGUUUGCACGCAGCUUUUCGUCAGCGUUCCUAUUUCUUAUUGAGCUUUGUGUUAUCCUUGCUACACCAGCGCAGCAGCCACCAGAUGUGAACUUCGAAGCCGCUCAAAACCAGACAUAUGAUUAUAUCAUUGUCGGAGGGGGGACAUCAGGUCUGGUUGUAGCAAAUCGACUGUCGGAAGAUCCAAGCAUAUCAGUACUCGUGAUUGAAAAUGGAUAUAUUGACAAUCGUCCCGCAACCAGCAUUCCCUAUCUAGCCACAAUCCUCAAUACUGGAGACAUGUACGACAUCUUCAGCGCACCAGUACCGAAUCUUGGCAAUCAAAGUUUUCGAGUAGCUGUUGGCAAUGUUGUCGGAGGAGGAACUAUCGUCAACGGCAUGCUCUGGGAUCGAGGGUCUGACGCAGAUUAUGACGCAUGGGAGAAGCUUGGGAACAAAGGAUGGGGAUGGGCUGAUCUGGCACCGUAUUUCAAGAAGACAAAUAACUUCACAGCUCCAUCGGAACAAACGAAGGAAUACUUCAACAUUACUUACGACGAAUCUGCGUAUGGAAAUGGGCCCGUUCAAGUCACUAUUUCAAGUUUUCAAGAUCCAGAUUUGAAGAUUUUCUUCGCCUCUUAUAGAGAAGACGGCCUACCUAUGCCACAAGAGGGUUAUAUCAGUCCACUAGGUGCUUAUUGGGGACCCAACGAUACCAAUAAUGUCACGGCCACGCGGUGUCACGCUCGUGCGUCCUAUUACGAUCCCAUCCAGUCAAGGCCAAAUCUCAAACUUCUCACUGGGACCAGAGCAAACCAAAUUCUCUUUGAUGAUGGCGCAGAACUUAUAGCCAACGGGGUACAAAUGAUUUCUCGAGUCGAUAACUCCGUUGGCAAGGUCUACGCCACGAAAGAAGUCAUCCUCGCAGCAGGAGGGGUCUUCACUUCUCAUUUGCUAAUGUUGAGUGGAAUUGGUCCAAAAGAUGUCCUUGAGGCAGCAAACAUUACCGUCAAGAAAGAUUUACCAGCAGUGGGGUCGAACUACCAAGAUCACUCUCCAAUGACCAUGAACUUCAACCUAUCCAACUUGGCAUUUCCCAAUGGUUACAGUCUGUCUCAAAAUGCAACGUUCAAUGCAUCCGCUGCCAUACAGUACGAACAGACUCGUACUGGUCCAUGGGCAUCUGGACGUGGCAUCGCAGUAGCUUUCCUUCCAUUCAAGUUAUUCUCCGCCAACUAUCAGAAUAUAACUUCCAAAAUCAGUUUACAAAAUCCACUCGACUUCCUUCCAGCACGCUACACCAAAGAGAAAACCUUACUUGCAGGUUUCCAGAAACAGAGGGAGAUCUUGACCGAGCAAUUUCUGGGAGACACUUCAGCAGCUGGGGAAGUUCCCAUCCAAGCUUGGGGCGUCCAAAACACCGUUCUCGAGAAACCACUUUCUCGCGGAACAAUCACAUUGAACAACACCGACCCAGAAGCGUUCCCCAUCGUGCAAUACAACACGCUCAUGAACCCAAUCGACAAAGAGAUUCUCUGUGAGCUCGUGCGCUGGAACCGCAAACAUUGGGCUGGCGCAGCACUUGCUCAUUACAGCCCCGUUGAGACUGCGCCAGGGCCGCAAUAUGUGACUGAUGAUGAGAUCAUCCAGGGAGCGUUGAGUUUAGGUAUUUUGAGCUCGACGUUUGCGCAUUCAUCGGGAGCUUGCGCGUUGAUGCCGGAGGAGUUAGGUGGGUGCGUUGAUACGGAGUUGCAGGUUUAUGGGGUGAAGGGGCUUUCUGUUGAUGAUGCUUCGAUUAUUCCCAUGAUACCUGCUACGCAUCUUCAGGCUACUGUGUAUGCGAUUGCGGAGAGAGCUUCUGAUAUCAUCAAGAGCCGGUGGAGUGGUCAUGAUGUUGUGAAGUGA